AUGAUAAUUUCUUUAAAGAAUAUCAUGGAAACUGAUAAAAUUGUAAAAUACAUCAACGACGAAGUCGUAGAGUUUGGUGGAAAAGCCUGCCUCGUCACAAAUAAAAGGCUCUUGGAUGCGUUGAGAACCAGAGAGAACAAUGGAUUGGCAAGACAUUUGGAAUAUGACAAUGAAUUCGAAAAAGGAGUGGAAGAUGGGGAAAAUCUGGUUUCGUCAUUGGUAAUGGAAAAACUGCUGAAAUCAAAACUGGAAUCGACAAAGACUAUGGUGGAAAUAAGAAAGUGGAAGGUUGAUUUAUUCAUUAUUUUCAACGCGUUUAUUCUCCUGACAUCUGCUGUUGCCUUCCUUUACGCCUUCUUCACUAUCGACAGUAAAUCAAAAGGAUUCACUUGUAUCUAUCUCUACGGCUUAUUUUUCGGAUUAGUUGGAGUUAUCGUUGGAUUUGUCGGGAACGCAUAUAAGAAAAAGUGCAAUCAUCCAGAGUCGAUAGUCAUGUUCGUCAAUACACGCGAAUUGAGAAGAGGAGAGACUAUAAUGAAGAACGCAGGCAUCCAAUUGAUUGAAGUUCUCGAGGCGGAAAACGAAACCAUUCUACUAGCUCAUAGUGACAACGUCGAUGCUAAGAUGAUGAUGGAAAGAGAGCUCAGACCAGAAGUCGGAGAGACUGGAGAUGUGGAAGUUGAAUUUUUUCGAGGGAGUCACUUGUCAACUAUAGUUUUUCUCGAUCUCGACAAUAUAAAUGAUUCUUAG